GAAAUAUUAUAUUUGAUCAGUGAUCAUUAAGAAACUGAGAUUGAAAAACUUUCGUUUUUGACUUUUUGUACUUAAUUUUUUUUUUUUGUCAAUACUUAAAUUAAAAAUACCUCAUUAGUUACCACUUAUUCUAUUCAAUCAAAUACGGGUUACCAUUAUUAUUGGAAAACUAGUAUAAUAUGUCUUAUACUUCUUUUUUGAUGUCAAGAAUGUGAUGUUUAUAAAAUCGUUGCUAUCAAUUUGCAAGCCUACAUUAACGUUAAACAAUUUAAUUUCAUUGCGUUUGAAUUAUAAUAAAAAGAAAAUGAGUACUUUGGAAAAUGUUAUUGAUGGUUUAAAUGAUGUUAAAUGUCGAAUUAAAGUUGUGACUCAAAAACAAAAGGAGUGUUGUGUAGAACCAAGGCUAGUAGCUGUUAGUAAAACCAAACCUAUAGAGCAUAUAAUUGGUAUUUAUCAGAAAGGUCAAAGACAUUUCGGAGAAAAUUAUGUUCAAGAAUUGAUCGCCAAAUCAACUGAUCCCGAAAUCUUAGAAAAAUGUCAAGACAUCAAGUGGCAUUUUAUUGGCCAUAUACAAAAAAACAAAGUUUCAAAAGUGUUAAUGGCUCCUGGUUUACAUGUUAUUGAAACAAUUGAUAGUGAAAAAUUAGCAAGUGCUGUUAAUGAUGGAUGGAAAAAACUUAAUAAAGAAAAUAAAUUGAAAAUAAUGAUUCAAGUUAACACUAGUAAUGAAAAAGAAAAAUCUGGCAUAACAACUGAUUCAGUAGUAGAUUUUUAUAAAUUUAUUGUUGAGAAAUGCGAUCAUUUAGAACUGAUUGGUUUAAUGACAAUUGGUCAGUAUGGUUAUGAUUGUUCUCAAGGACCAAAUCCAGAUUUUUUGGCCUUGGUUGAUUGUAAAAAAAAUGUUUGUGAUAAAUUAAAACUAAAUCCAUCCGAAAUAGAAUUAUCAAUGGGCAUGUCUGAUGAUUUUGAACAUGCUAUUGAAUUAGGAAGUACAAAUGUUCGAGUUGGAAGUAGUAUUUUUGGUUUUCGUCCAAGAAAAGAAAAACAAUGAUUUAUUUGUAUGUACCUAAUAAUAAUUCACUAAAAAUUGAAUUUGAUUUAUGUUAUAUACAUUUAAUUUGAAUUAGAUAACUUCAUUGUAAACUAUAAAUAUCUUAUUAUAAUAUUACACAAUAAAUUUAAAUAUAUAUAUAUAUAUGGUAAACAUAAAAUACAUGAUUAUAAAUGUACUUAAAAAUAUGCAUAUGACUUACAAUUUAGUUGACUAAUAUCAAAUGUAAAAUUUUUAUUAUAAUAUAGACAAAUUUACUGUAAACCCAUUAUCAAAUUAUUUUAUUAUUUUAUUUUUUAGGAAGAAAAGUUAUUAUUUUGUAGGUAUGCAUGAUUUAUAGAAUUUUUUACUAUUAAAAAAUUUAAUUAAAAAAAAACCAUUAAAUAGGAAAUUGCUCUACUCUACAAUUGUACAUGUAUCUCAACAAUCACACGUUUACUGUUGACUGUAGUGAAAGUGUUAAAUUUGAAUUCAGUGAUAAAUCAACAAAAGAAGAUUCUGAGUGAAGACAAUUUUUGUCAGCCUAUAGAAUAUUACAAUAUUAUUUUUAUAUAUUUAUAUUGUUACCAAACUCAUUUAUUUUACUAUUUGGUAACCAUCGGAGUACAGUAGGUUGAAUUAAUUGUUGGUAAUAAUAUAAAAUUUAUUAUA